UCUAUAUCAAUUUAUUUAAUUUAAUACAACAAAAUAUACAUCUGUCUUAAAUUGAAUUUAUUAUUAAGUGUUUAAUGUUCUUACAAGCUGGGCUUGAAAUAUGGAUUACAUUGGUAUUUUUCUUCGUGAUAAGUGUUGCAUCUCUGCCUGACAGACGCAAGAACGAAGGCUUGGGAAUUCAUGUGGUCGGUGUUGCUGACGAAGAUGAUUUCAAAUUGUAUGACGACAAGACGCUUAUAAAAACUCCAGACCUGUUUAGAAAAAGACAACGUAGAAAGGAGAAAUUCUAUUCGGUGAAGAAGUAUUUCAAGUACCCCGAGCCCGAUUAUCCCCAGUUGUUGGAGAGGAAAUACAGGAUUAAAGUAAAAAUACAAAAUGUCGCGAAUAAAGAAACAAAUUACGACUACGAGGCUUUGAAAGAUGAAUAUUUGACGAUAGAAGAGGUAGAGAAAAACAUUGACCGUUUAAAUAAUGCAUCAGGUAGGAUACAAGCUCGUGUUCCGCAGGUCUUGCACGAGAUCGUCGAUGUAAGCAUGCCGAAAAACUGUUCUUAUGAAGAAGACACCAACUACGGCAUUCAGGCGAUUCGGUGUGUCAUGAGCGAAGCGGCGCAGUCUGGCUUGACAAAAGGUGUGAGAAGGCAUGCAAUCAGAUUAGUGCUUUUCUGGCUGAUUGUGUACGCAGUGAUCGCCAUCCCGCUUUGGCUUGUUAAAGGUUGGUGUUGCUGCUGCUGCCGGUGCAAGAUCUGUUUCCCCGAACUCAUCGCCGAAGAAGUCAAGACUUACAUAGUACGAAAUCCACCCGGCGUUAUCACGCUCGCGAAUGGAAAGACGAAGAAAUACCCGGCGCAGAUCUAUGAAAUUGACAUGUUCAGAGAGCUGGAAGUAAAAGCUUUUAGAUUCUAGUUGUUUAAAAUUUUAACAAAAGAAUAAAACACGGUGUAAAAUUAAAAUUAAAAAAUUGUAAAAUUGUAUCAAAUGUGAUAAUGGCAGCUGAAUAUAAAAACUUUCAAUUUUUGCUAAUAACCAGUUUUAUAAACUAUUACAAAGAAUAAAAUGUUUUAAAAAAUUCUGUGUAAAGCCUUUUUUUUUUUUUUUUUU